CGACGUAAGAACGUAGGAAGGAACGAGAGCCCGGCGUGUCGCUCACGCUUGCAUUGCUUUUCGAAGCUCGCGCGCGAUCGGUCGCACGCUCGCGAGGUACAUAUACGUGCGUGGUGCAGGCUCGUGAGACGUAGGCGCACACGUGGAGAUAGAGAAAGGGAGAGAAAAUCCCUCCAGUCUCGUUCUGCGCUUUCUUUCUCUCUCUUUCUUCCUCUCGCGAUCGAUGUUAUCUCGCGACGAGGAUCCUUCUUCGUGCGCGCGAGAAAGUGGCCGGCUCUUCGAGAUCAAGAUUGGAUCCGCGGAAAAGCGCGAGUGCAGUUUUCUCGGCGGUAUUGAUCGGUUCCGCAGCUUCGAUUCGGUGAUUAUUAUGCUCGCUGAUCUGUGAGAUCUUGAACGCAGAGAAGAGACAGCGGGAAAAGGCGGAAGAGACUGCGAGGAAGAGUUUUACGGAGGAAUCAAGAAAGGGGGGUCACCGGAGAAAGAUGGGACGACUACUCGUGUGGACGCACUUCUUGCUGCUAACCGUGCUGUUAGCACCGGUGCAGAAAGCUGCGGCAUGCAGCUGUGCGCAGGCUCAUCCUCAAACCAAGUUUUGUGAAUCGGAUUUUGUCGUCGUGGUGAGGGUGAAAAAGAUUCUUCCCGUGAGCGACUACGAGAUCGCUUACAAGGUCAAGAUAAACAGGGUGUUCAAGUCGAACCCAAAGGCCGACGUGGCUCUGAUGCAGAACCUUUUACGGACACCGUCCACGGACUCGAUGUGCGGAGUGACAUUGAACGUCGGCGAUACGUACGUUCUAAACGGAAGAAUCGUCUCGGGGAAAGCGUUCAUAUCGUACUGCGGCCUCUCGAUAAGAUGGGCCGACACGACUACUAGGCAACGCAAGGGAUUGAGACAACUCUAUCAACAAGGCUGCGUGUGUGACAUUCUGUAUACACACUGGAGGCGCAAGGGUGCCGUGCUGGAGUCCAGCGGCGGGAAGAAUUGCCUCUGGGAAAGCACACCAGGCCCCCAGGAUUGCCAAGAAAAAUACGGCGUGUGCAUGGCGUCGCCCAGCGGCUGCUCUUGGGUUCCCUCGGUUCCGUACAAGAAUUGUAUCAAGGAAUACCAGCGUAAACGCGAGCAGCAAAGGUCGCGGGAACCUUAAUUGGCACUUUCGCAUCAUGCUCCGCAUCGUGUCCUCGUACGACGGAAAGCAACAGAAUUUAUCGGGUGUAAUACGACGCGGCGUGCCCGCCGGAUAAUUUGAUGACGGGCACGCCGCGUGAUCGAGCCACUGAAUGGUUUUGCGGUAGUUUGAUGGAAAACUGCAUAUUUGCAGCACGUGAAAAUGCACGAGAUCCGAACCACUACUAUAUAUUACAUGGAAUAAUUGAGUAACAGGAUAGUUCAAUAAUUGAUUACCGCAUACACAUGGAUGCGUGAGGCAAAAAAUUUCCCGUUUUUUAAAAAUAAUUUUAUUAAAAGCGAUAACACUCUGCGGUUUUGUAAACUGACUUUUAGUAGCGCUUUCGAAUAAAAUCGGAUUUAUCUAAAAAUGACAAUGCGUUAGAUUUUUGAAGCUGAAAAGUAGAUUCCUAAGCUUGUAGCAUUUGUGAGGGACGCAAUUAUAUAUAGAUUAUUAAUGAUGACCUUAAUUUUCGUUCUAAUUUUUUUUAUAGAUUUCUAUGCCGGGCAGAAACGAUAUCGAGGAAUCGGAAUAAUAUUGUAACAAUGCAAGUUAAAAAUAUGAAAUUGUCUGUUGUCUAAAUUGUUCGUGACUUAGGUUCGAUAGCAACAACGUCGGCCAAUUUUAUCCCGUAAUUUAUAACGGCAGUUCUGGUUUAACAUUGUGGCUAUAACACAAACAGAAAAAAAGUAUUAGUUAAUUAUUGGUCUGACCGGCGUUGUAGUGCAACCGACCCUUAAUUAUUCGAUUAUUAUUAUUAACGAGGGGUAAGUUUGCAUCGCUUAGGUUUGAAACGAGUGAAUAUGCAUCGCUGAAAUAUAUAUGGGUGACCUACUUUCACGAUCAUUCUGUCUCUCUUUCUCUUAACAAGUUGUAUAUAUAUUAUAUAUUGUUAAUGUAUAUUGUGUAUCGUUAAAUUAUUCCAAUUAUUAUCGUUUCGCGUUGUAUGUAGUCUUAGAUGUUGUACAACUUCACUCGUACUUUACUUCGUAAUAUUUUAUGCGCAUUUUUAGAUCUAAAUUAGAUUAUAGCGUAUAUAUUUGCGUAUAUAUUUGUUGUUUACGUAGAUUAAUAUUCAUAAACUAUUUUAUCAAAUGAGAACACUGAAUAUGCGAAUCUAUAGCCUUAUGAAUAUAUGUAGAAGAUUUUGGUGUGGCAUUCAUUGUUUCCACUUCUAUCAUUGUUGCAUGCGAUAAUAUAGUUUAUCGUUAAACGAAAACAUUUUAUUUGGAUCGAAAUUUGGUACAAAUUAUUAAAAAUUUAUAUGCACGUGCACUUUUGAACGGAAAGAGGCGAACUUUUUUACUUAUAACUUAGUUUAGCUUUUAAAUGUGGUACUUUUGUAAGUGUUAUGUGACAUGUAGAAUAAAAAUAAACGAAAACAGUUGUUCUUAUAAGCA